AUGGCAUUUUCACGGCUCUGGAACGAUCUUCUUCAAGGAUUAGUACCCUCGCACAGUGCCAUGGUUCUGGUUCUGCUGCGUUGUGUAUUGUACUACCACAUGCUCCUUGCUGCAUACAGACUUUCGCCCUUACACCCCCUCCACAAGUUUCCCGGUCCAAGACUAGCGGCUGCCUCCUACCUCUACGAAGUCUGGUUCGAUCUGGUCAAAGGUGGCCAGUAUACGUACGAAAUCAAGAGGCUCCACGAUACCUACGGCCCAAUCGUCCGCAUCAAUCCAGCAGAACUUCAUUGCAAUGAUCCUCACUUUGCCGACGAAGUCUAUGCGCCUAGCAACAGGAAAAGGGACAAGUCUCACUUGUAUGUUAGCCACCUGACCGGGGUAAAUCAAAUGUCCAGCUUUGCUACCACAGAUCACGACCUGCACCGUAUUCGUCGCGAGCCCCUCAGGAAAAAGUUUUCCGUCGCUCAAGUAUCAAAGCUAGAGGCUGAGGUACACGCACUGGCACAACAUCUCGGAGAUAAAAUACUCGCCAGCAGUUCGGUCUUUGACGUCCAGGACGCAAUGAGCUGCCUGACCUCGGACGUUGCGUCUCUGCAGGUAUUUGGCGAGCCUUUUGGUUUUGUGGUGCAGCAGAAGGGGUUCCAUCCAAACUUGAAACGUGCGAGCUAUGCAAUCUUCACGACAUACUUCAUCUUCCGGUGGUUCCAGCCGCUAAAGUGGCUAUUUGGCCAUGGAGGGCGGUGGUUGGCGUGUCUUAUGCCCGAGGAAGUGGCUCAAUUCCAGUAUCUGAACGACGUGGAAUUCCCCCGCAAGUUCCAGCACGCCAAGGCCGAGCACGAGGCAGGAAUAAUCAAGCAACGCCAGACUGUGUUAGAUGUCCUCCUUGAGUCAAAUUUGCCCGAGCAGGAGAAGACGGCCGAGAGGAUCACGGGCGAAUUUGUCGCUAUUCUCCUUGCCGGCACCGAGACGACUAGCUGGACCUUGACCGUGCUGAUAUUCUACAUUCUUGCGGACAAAAGAGUGUUCACUAAGCUCACCGAGGAACUUGAAAACGCCGUCGAGUCACCCUCUCAGCUUCCCAGGUGGUUCGAGUUGGAGCAGAUUCCCUACCUCAGCGCUGUGAUUCAGGAGGGUCUCCGCCUCUCAUAUGGCGUGACCCAGAGGCUUCCGCGGGUGCCGACCCAGGAAGACCUGGUUUAUAAAGGGUCAUGGGUGCCAGCCGAAUUCAGCCACGCACCAACUUGUAACAGCUACACGAUACCCAGAGGCUACGCUAUCAGCAUGUCUAACGGCAUGAUGCAUCACAACGAAUCCGUGUUCCCAGAUUCGGAUCUGUUCUUGCCCGACCGGUGGCUCAAUGAGGAUGGGAGCAGGAGAAAAAGCCUCGAUCGCUAUCUGAUGAGUUUCAACAGAGGCAGUAGGAUAUGUCUGGGCAUGAACCUGGCUUACUGUGAAAUAUAUCUCUCAUUGGCGGUUCUCGUUUUGCGCGUCCUUCCUCAUUUCAAGCUAUAUGAAACAACAAUCGAUGACAUUAGGCCUACGAGCGACUAUUUCAUCCCUUUCCCCAAGAAAUGUAGUAAAGGCGUUCGUGUGGUGAGAAAGGAUUAA